AUGGCAAAAUUACAUAGAGUGGUAAGUCAUUGUGAAGUAUCAAGGGGAAAAAAUGACUGUGAAAAGAGAGUUGAUUGGGAAAUGUGUAUCCUCUGCAGAAAACCAUCCAUUGAACCUCUUGUUUGCCCAGCAAAAUCGAAGCGAAAAGAUACAGGAGCUGGUUAUUUAUCACUAGCCUCAAAUUUAUCGCAAUUGCAUGAGUUACAAGCAAAUCCCUUUGGCUUUGAUAUAAAUGAACUUGACGAUGGUAGCGGGAUCUUAUCAACUUUGACCGUUAGUAAAGCUUGCUGGCACAAAUCAUGUCGAAACAAGGUCAACACUACAGAAGUUAAGAGGGCCGCUAAAAGAAAAGAAGACAAUGAGGAAGACAAUGACUCAAUACAAUCGGUGGCUAAAACGAGACGUUUAACAGAAGAUAAAUCAAUAUUCGAGAGUCUGUGUUUUUUCUGUGACAAACCUGGCGGCAACCUACACAGAGCAUCGACCUUAGAGGUUGACACAAAGGUAAGAAAGUACGCCACCGAGCUCAAUGACACUAGCCUACUUACGAAAUUAGCUGCAGGUGAUAUGGUGGCAAUUGAUGCUAUCUAUCACACUAAGUGCAUUGUUGCAUUUUAUAAUCGCGUCAGGCGGAAUUACAGUAAAACUAAUGAAGAACAAGAGAACUCUAGGUUACACGCCAUUGCUUUUGCUGAACUUGUGUUGUACAUAGAGGAGUUCAGAGAAAACAAGGAAACAUCUGCCGUAUUUCCUCUGGCAGAUUUAUGCAAAAUGUAUUCCGCAAUAUUAGAGGAUCUAGGAGCUGAACAGCACUCUAGAGUUCAUGCAACGCGUCUUAAAGAUAAACUUGAAGCAGAAUUGCCUGACCUGAUUUCUUUUAAACAGAAUAAUAAUAUACUCCUUACAUUCAACAAAGAUAUGGGGGAGGCUGUAUUGAAAGCUUGUGAGCAUGACGAUGAUUCAGAGGCUUUACUUCUCGCCAGAGCAUCGCGCAUCAUAAGGAGAGACAUUUUUGCUCACAAAAAUAGAUUAUUUAAUGGGUCGUUUGGAACUAAUUGUCAAGAAAGUAGUGUCCCUUCCUCCCUUAAAGCUAUAGUAUUGAUGAUUCUCGAUGGACCACAAAUAAAAACGGAAUCAGUCGACAAUAUAUCAACUACAGCGGCAAGCUUAGCCAUUUCGCAGCUAAUAAGCUUUAACUGUGUCAAGAACAGGAAGUCUACUAGUGAGAAAUCUCAGCCUAUUAUGCGCCAUAACAGGGAACAUGAGAGCCCUGUUCCCCUGUACAUAGGUUUGAAAAUCCAUGCAGAGACAAGAAGCAGGACCCUUAUAGACACAUUAUUUCAGAUGGGCCUUUCUAUAUCAUACGAUCGUGUGAUGUCCAUAUCUACUGAUGCUGCAAACAGUGUAUGCCAUCGUUUUGAACAGGACGGUUUAGUUUGCCCUCCAAAACUACGAAGAGAUCUAUUCUGUACCGCUGCUCUCGACAACAUUGACCACAAUCCUAGCGCAACUACAGCGAAAGACUCUUUCCAUGGUACAGCAAUAUCAGUAGUGCAGCAUAUAACUGCUGAGAAUCAUGGUACGGAACGCGGGAUCAAUGUUAUUUGUGAAGAUAUACCAAGGCAGAAGACGGUGAGAGAACUUCCAGAUGCAUACAGAAAUGUUCCGCCAGCUGUUCUGAAAUAUAAAGGUCCGGUUGUCCCUAAGUUAAUAGGGCCUGUAAUGCCCCGAACACAAGAUCAAGAUGCAAUUACCAGAAACAUUAAUUGGUUAGAGAAUGUUAAAUUACUUUACGGAAAAGACGAGCUUGACAAAGAGGAAUUCGUUUCUUGGGCAGCUUUUCAUGCUUCACUUCAACCCUCACCAGAACAUCAUAUCGACAUUGUCGCUCUUUUGCCCCUGUUGCUGGAGAACGCGCAUUCCGUCGCCAUGAUAUUACAUGGCAUGAAUGUGGUUAACGAUGUUGUGCAACAUCUAAACCCCGGUCAAAUACCAGUAAUAGCAAUGGAUCAACCACUUUUUGCGAUAGCAAAACAGAUACAGUGGAACAAUUCCAAUACACAUGGAGAAGAUCAUUACGUGGUCAUGUUUGGUGGUUUGCACAUAGAAAUGGCAGUAAUGAAAUGCAUAGGAGAGUGGUUGAAUGGGAGUGGUUGGGUAACUGCACUAGUUAACGCCGGAAUAGCAAGUGUUGGCACGGCAGAGUCAUUUCUGAAAGUAAGUCAUGUGGCACGAACUAGACAUGCGCACGAGGUUACCGCAGCAGCCAUGUAUGUCUUGCAACAAACGGCUUUCGAAGAGUACAAAGAAUCGGUUCAAGAGUCUGAGCAGCCCUUAGACUUCACUGCAUGGUGUAACAAGAUGAAAUCAAAUCAACCACAGUUCUGUUUCUGGUCACAGGUGUUGAAGUUAGAGUUAUUAGUGCUCGAGAUAGUAAAAACGAUACGGGACGGAGACUUUGAUCAGUACGUGCAAUCACUUGCCAGCAUCAUGCCGUGGAUGUUUGCACUUGAUCGUGUGAACUAUGCGCGUUGGCUGUCAGUUCACGUUCGAGACAUGUCAUCACUGUCACUAACACAUCCAAGUGUCUAUCAACAGUUUACGUCUGGCGCAUUUGUAGUCAACAAAUCAGCUCGAGCAUUUUCUUCCAUUGCUCUUGACCAUGCACAUGAACAGGCGAAUGCAUCUAUAAAGGGUGAUGGAGGUGCAGUGGGGCUCACAGAGAACCCACACGCUUUACGGCGUUGGAUGAUUGGCGGCCCCGAGCUCGCAAGAAUGGUAAACGAGUAUGAAGACCAGUCUUUACUUAAGAAGAAGGAGACUAAGAAGCAUCAUGACCAAAUGCCAUCAGUUCGAAAAGCCUUCGUAAAGGAAGUUAAAGAUCUAUUUGACGCAGUUGAAGAACUAGGAAAUCCCUUCCAAGAAGACAGCGGUGACUUACUCGUGCUGGAUACAAAGGACAUCAUGCCCAAAGAAGUGGUUGAUUCCGUGAAGAGCAUUGAAGAAAUAGGUUGCGAUCAAUAUACAACGUUUGUAAAAGAGAGGUUUGUAGACCAGAAGAAACCAAUCACUGACCCGAUCAAGAUGAAUAAACUUCCGAUGUUUAGCCGCCCACCAACCAAAGUCCCUUCCAAACAAAAGGCUCAACUUACAGCAUUAAAAGAAGACUGUGCACUGUUUUCAAGGCUAUAUAUCGCGUGCCAAUCUCGAGAAGGUGAUCUCCAGGACUUUUUCAAACACGAAAACCAACCCAGUCCACCUUCGUUAUCGCAACAAGGACAACUUCGGCAAGGCAAUAAAGCUGAUCUGGUCAAGUGCCUCACAGACCGUAUUGACGUUGUCGAGUGUCCGCAAGUAGAUGCGAAAGUUAUCGAUGGCGCUGUUGUUGUGCAAAUGCUGAAUCCCAAAACUGCAUCUACAUUCGGAGAGUAUGUCGCAACUGUUUUCAUACCGUAUGUCACCUCGCAACUUCAAUCAGCCCAACGAAUAGAUAUUAUAUGGGACACAUACACAGACGACAGCUUAAAGAGUUGUACAAGAGACAGGAGAGGUUCUGGGGCGCGGCGUCGUGUGGCGCUUUCUGUAAAGAUCCCUCCUAACUGGAAGAGCUUUCUACGUGUCAACGAGAACAAAACCGAACUCUUCCGACUCCUCGCAGAAGAGGUCAUAGCUAUACAUGCACAAGGCAAAGAGGUGUACAGUACGUAUGGUAACGACGUCCUGAGCAACACUGAUAGAACGACUAUGGAUGGCCUACAACCAUGCAAUCACGAAGAAGCAGAUUCUCGGAUUUUUCUGCAUGUCCAUGAUGCAGCCCUACAGCACCAUCGUGUAUUGAUACGAUCAGUAGAUACAGAUGUGUUCGUUCUAGCCGUCGCCCAGAUGCAGAGAAUCCCCGACAAGGAACUUUGGCUUGCAUUUGGAACUGGAAAGCAGUUUCGGUAUCUUCCCAUGCAUGAUACUGCCCGAUCACUUGGUCCGGAGAGAAGCUUGGCUUUACCUGUAUUUCAUGUACUUACAGGUUGCGAUACCGUUUCAUUCUUUGGCGGCAAAAGCAAGAAAAGUGCGUGGGACACCUGGAAUUCGUUUCCAGAAGUUACACAUUCAUUUUUGGAGAUCGCAACCGCACCGGAUAAGCUAUCUAAUAAGUGUACACAAACCAUAGAGCGAUUCGUGGUAUUAUUGUAUGACCGCGGCAGCCAGCUCAGUUCCGUCGAUGAUGCACGACAGCAGCUGUUCUGCAAACGUUCUCGAAGCCUUGAUCGCAUUCCUCCUACGUCUGCCGCUCUUAGGCAACACAUCCUGCGUGCAGCGUAUCAAGGCGGUCAUGUGUGGAGUCAGGUUCAUAUAGCAUUACCUCAACUACCAAAUCCAUCGGAGUGGGGAUGGAAGAAGGACGAGCUUUGGAGACCUGUGUGGACGACCCUUCCCCAAGCGCAGCAAAGCUGCUAUGAACUGAUACACUGUUCCUGCAAGAAGGCCUGCAGAGGGUUGUGUAAGUGCACCCGAUCCAGUUUGCAGUGUACGGCGUUGUGCUCUUGUGGUGGAAACUGCUUCAGCUAA